GGGGAGGGUGCAGAGACCUGAGGGUUGAGGUUGCCUGGCUGGCUCCGCUCCCAGAGGCGGGUGCCGCGCUGUCGCCCAGGUAUCUGGGGUCUCUGGUGUCUGAGUGUCUCAUUGUCGGCGCGGACACUCUUGCUCCAGCCACAGGCGAGGCCUGGCCAAGGUGUGGGCGCAUCUGGGGCAGGUCUUGAGAGGUCCAGCGCCCAGUGGUGCGGACAGAGGCGGGGCACCGCGGCGCUCGCCGCCGCCUGCCCGCAGGUGUCCUCGGGCCUCAGGUGGCUGCGUGUCCGCGCCAUGGUUGACAUUCUGGGUGGGCGGCACCUGGUGACCUGUAAGGGCGCGGCGGUGGAGGCCGAGGCGGCGCUGCAGAACAAGGUGGUGGCACUGUACUUCGCGGCGGCCCGGUGCGCGCGGAGCCGCGACUUCACGCCGCUGCUCUGCGACUUCUAUACGGCGCUGGUGGCCGAGGCGCGGCGGCCCGCGCCCUUCGAAGUGGUCUUCGUGUCAGCCGACGGCAGCUCCCAGGAGAUGCUGGACUUCAUGCGCGAGCUGCAUGGCGCCUGGCUGGCGCUGCCCUUCCACGACCCCUACCGGCAACAGAGCCUCACUCUGUCUCCCAUGCUGGAGUGCAGUGGCACCAUCUUGGCUCACUGCAAUCUCUGCCUCCUGGGUUCAAGCGAUUCUGUUGCCUCAGCCUCCUGAGUAGCUGGGAUUACAGGCGCCUGCCACCAAGCCUGGCUAAUUUUGUAUUUUUAGUUGAAACGGGGUUUUUUCAUGUUGGCCAGUCUGGUCUCGAACUCCUGACCUCAAGUGAUCCACCCACCUCGGCCUCCCAAAGUGCUGUGAUUACAGUCGUGAGCCACCAUGCUCAGCCGACACAUACUUCGAUAUUAUAACAUCCCAAACAAUUUUUCUUGAUGUAAGGCAAAGUAUUCCAGCCUUCUUUCCGAGAACUGUGUAAUUUGUGACUAUUUCUACAAGUGUCUUGUGCCCCUUGUGUUCCAGAAGCAAUACGUGCUCACUGUGGACAAACAUCAGGAAAAAGAUUCCAUCAUCCUGAUGGAUGUUUUAGUCCAUCUAUAUGUCCCCUAAAGUCACCACCUUUUUAUUUUUUCUGUAUGUACACAUUGCUUUUCAUCUUUAUACACUUGCCACCCUGCGUGUGGACAUAGACAAGCAGUGGCAGCAUGGUGUGGGCACCAUGGGGCAGGGGUUGAAAGACAUGCAGCAUCGUGACCCAUCCCAGGCCCACAUCUCAUCCAGACUCCCUGGUGAGCCCCGUGGGCGCUAACAUCUGAGAAGCAUGGCUCUGCAAAGGUG